AUGAAGUACUCUCUCAUCGCCCUUACCCUCGCCGCUGCUGCCUCCGCUCAGUCGGUCACUGCCUGCGACGGCAAGGCUCAGAAGUGCAUUGACGAUGCCUCUGCCGGCAUCUGCGACCUCGGCGACUGGGCCUGCGGCUGCACUGAGGCCAACAUGGGCAAGAUCCAGGCUGGUGCCACCACCUGUGUGAUCACCGCUUGCGGCGGUGCCACCGGUGCCCUCGCCGUCAUCUCCGAGGUCCAGGCCAUCUGCGAGGAGCCCACCGAGGGUACCGAGGAGCCCGAGCCCACCGAGUCCACCGGCCCCUGCAAGAAGUGCAACGGCACCACCCCCGAGCAGCCCAAGCCCACCGGAAUGGCCGAGGACAUUGAGCUUUGA